CGGGCUGAAAAGUGUAAAAAACGCGACAAGAAGUGCGGGUUCCUGUGUUAAAGAGGCCGUUAUUGCGGCGAUUUAAGUAAAAGAGGAGCUCGCACGAGUACAAGGUGCCAUUGCACGUGAAAAUAAUUAUCUGUCACAUUCAGCCCGUCCUCGGCCUCGGGUUUUGGACAGCCGCGCCUUCGCCAGCUGCUUUUCCGGGUCGACUAGAGAAACUAGAGAGCAGUAACAAUAGAGCGAAAUUGUGCCGGAGAUAACGGUUCAGAUUCCCCAUUCAUCUUUGUUCAGGGUGAGUGAAGAUUGAAAUGUAAAACGAAAUGGUUGUGAUUGGAUUGAUGUACAACUUGUACGACUUUGGAUCAACAAUAAAGACCCCGAGUACCACCAGCGAUUUAAUCGGCAGCAGUCUAAUUUAUACAGUGGAAAAUCAAUAUAGAUCAACGUUAACGCAUAAAUAAAGUCUUCUUCAUUUAAGCGGCAAGUUUAAAUCUGUUCGCUCAUUUUAUUCCGAAGCCAAGGCUGACUACGAAUAACUUCCAUUAUAUUUUUUGCAUCGACUUCCAAAAUUAACUCGACAGCUCAUUAAUUGAUUGAUUCGUUGUUAAAGUAAUAAUAGUAAUAAUAAUAAUAAUAAUUAAUAAUAAUAAUAAUAAUAAUAAUAAUAAUAAUAAUAAUAAUAAUAAUAAUAAUAAUAAUAAAAGAACACAAGUUAUGGCAACGAUGGCUGGCGGCGAAUAUACUUCUGUAAAAGAUUUUUAUAUGGGAAGAUCAAUAUUUAUAACAGGAGGCACUGGUUUUAUGGGAAAAGUACUUGUGGAAAAAUUACUGAGAUCAUGUUCUGGUAUAAAAAAUAUUUAUUUACUUAUGCGACCUAAAAAAGGACAGAAUGUCCAAGAAAGGCUGCAAGAACUUCUCAAUGCACCGCUAUUCGAUAAACUGCGUCGUGAUAGUCCACAUGAAUUGGCGAAGAUAGUACCAAUAGCUGGUGACGUGACUGAACCAGAACUUGGAAUAUCAGCAGCUGAUCGUGAAACAUUAAUAAGAGAUGUAUCGAUUGUAUUUCAUUCAGCAGCUACCGUUAAAUUUGACGAAGCACUUAAUCUUUCGGUCAUGAUCAAUAUGUUGGGCAGCCAACAACUGGUACAUCUCUGUCAUCGAAUGGAUAAUUUAGAGGCGCUUAUUCACGUGUCAACGGCAUACUGCAAUUGUGACCGCACUGAAGUCGAGGAAGUUAUUUAUCCACCGCCUCAGGAUCCAGAGCAAGUCAUAAACUGCACCAAGUACAUAAAUGACAAACUAGUCGAGGAAUUAACGCCAAAGUUAAUUGAAGGUCGACCAAAUACUUACACGUUCACCAAAGCACUUGCAGAGACUAUGUUGCAAGACGGUUGCGGUUCAUUGCCGGUCGCGAUUGUCAGACCAUCAAUAGUCCUGUCAUCGUUACGAGAACCGAUGGCUGGAUGGGUCGACAAUUUGAACGGUCCCACUGGGAUUAUCGCCGCUGCUGGCAAAGGAUUUUUUAGAACGAUGUUGUGUCACGAAGAAAAGGUAGCAGACUUUGUACCAGUAGACAUAGUGAUAAAUUUGAUGAUAUGCGCGGCCUGGAAAACUGCAACACACCGUACCGACACAAUAACAGUGUACAAUUGUUGUACCGGUCAACAAAACCCAAUAACAUGGAAAGAAUUUAUUGAUUUGUCAUUUAAAUACAGCAGAAUACACCCAGCGCGAGAUGCUGUAUGGUAUCCGGGUGGUAGUUGCCAAAAGUACUCAUAUUUGAACAAAAUAUUCAUAACAUUUCAGCACAUAUUACCCGCACAUAUUCUCGAUCUGAUUGCUCGAUUGAGAGGUACUAAGCCAAUAAUGUUACGUGUACAGGCUAAAUUGACAAAAGCCGCAACUUGCCUCGAGUAUUUCACAACCCAGCAGUGGAAUUUUAAGGACGACAAUGUACGGAGACUUAAUCAACAACUUACUCCUGAAGAUCGUAGUAUUUUUAUGUUCGACGUCAGGCAAAUCGACUGGCCUUCUUAUUUGGAAAAUUAUAUUAUUGGUAUAAGACAGUUUAUACUCAAAGAGAGUCCGGAGACACUGCCAGCAGCGCGUUCACAUAUUAUGAGAUUAUAUUGGCUUCAAAAAGUGAUACAAAUAAGCUUAGUAGCAUUUGUACUACGUCUUCUUCUGUCCCGUAGCUCAAUUGCAAGAUCCACGUGGUUCAUGCUUCUAUCAAUAGUACUCCGUAUGUGCCGCAUGAUUGUUUGACGUCUCAGAGCCAAAUUUACGAUUUUACACAGUAAUGUUAUUAAUGCAAAAAUGCAAAAGCCAACAGAGGAGCUUAGUUGCAAGGUGCGAAUUGUCCUUCGACCUUCAUCACCAGCAUCAUCAACAUUAUCAGCAUCGACAUUGACAUCAACAUCAUCAUCAUCUCCAUUACUAUCAUUACCGCAGCUCAGUAUCCCCGACGACGACGGCGCUAUCAUUUCGCUCCCAAACGUUGGCCUUUUUAACGUUUGUAUUUGUUCAUAAAUUAGCAUAUAAUCGCUGGACACGCGAUUUUGUCAGCCGUUUAAAUUUGUUUAAAUAAUUUGUCUGCUACCGAUUGAGUGAUGGCAUCAAUUACUAAGCAGCAGCCAUUUAAUAAUAUAUUAAUUAACAAUUUAUUUAAAAUUAAUAAUAAUAAUAAUAAGAUUAAUAAUAAUAAUAAGAUUAAUAAUAACAUUAAUAUUAAUAAUAAUGAUAAUGAUAAUAAUAAUAAUGAUAAUAAUAAUAAUAAUGAUAAAUGGAAUUGUACUUUCGUUUAAAUUUAUCCACAUUUUGAUUGUUAUAAUAAAUAAUAACGGGCAAGUUAAAUGUCACGUUCAAUUUGUGAUAAAUAUAUCUAACGAAAAGUGUUUCAAUUGCUGCUUACAUAGACUAGAACAAUAUAAAUAUAAAUAACGGACAGAUCUUUAAAUCCGUUUGCCACCGCUUAAUUCGGUAUCCGACAUAUUUUUAAAUAAAAUUUAUCAUAAUUAUUUAUUUAUAUUUUUGUUUUUAUUUCCUGUUACUUUUUGUAAGAUACCUAGAUCGUUAUUUGUUACAACCCUCAAUAAAAAUUAAUUAACUUUUAAAUUUUAAAUUAGUUAUUUAACAACUGCCACUCUGCGGACAGAUUUAUAGCAGAGCACAUUUUAAAUAAUUAUAAUAAUAGACAGAUAUUUAACAAAAUCUAUAGAUAAUAAAAUACAGAGCAAUGAAUUAUUUAUUAUUAAUAUUAUUAUUAUUAUUAUUAUUAUUAUUAUUAUUAUUAUUAUUUUUAUUAUUAAAUUUUGAAGGCAUUGGCAACUUAGUUAUUCAAAAUGAAGUAUUGUCCAACAGAAAUAAAAUAAAUAUAUAUAUGAAUACAUAUAAAUAAAUGAAUUAAAAAGCGAGUGUGCGAUUACAAUUAAACUAGCGUGUACGAGUAAGUGAUUAGAAAAAAAUUUGAGUGAAAUGAUUAAAAAAAAAAUAAAUAAAUAAUAAUAAAAUAGGAGAGUUGUAAAUACGAAAUCGCUGCUAAAUAAAUUACGCAGUGUUAUGUAUUAUAUAGUUAUUAAAUAAUAAAACAACAAAUGUGUCGUAAGUUAAAUGUUUUAAAAAAUAAAUUAAUGAGCUCUCAGUCUAGUGCGAAUUGCAUGUUAUUUCAAUAUUAAAUACCAACUCUUGUUACCAGUUUAUUAUUUCAAUAAUCAAUUAGUUACAUUUAUUUUAUUAUUAAUUAAUUAAUUAAUUAAUUUAUUUAUUUGACGGACGGAAUUCCGUUUGUAUAAAAGACAUGCCUUAUUAAUAAGGUUUUAAUAAUUAAAAUAACAAUGAAUAAUUUUGAAAUCGCUUAAAAGUUAUUGCUUUUAAUUAAAUACUUUGAGCUUGCUAAUUAAAAAUAACAUAAUUAAUAAGCUUUGAUGAUUCAUUUUUUUAUUAUUUAUUAAUUUAUUAAUCUUUGAUGUAACGCCGGUGCAGCUUUACUAUUUUAAAUAAAAUAAAUCUUUAAAUUUAUUAAUUAUCCAAAGUAAAUAAUUACUCCUCAUUGUCGUUUAUAAUUAUUAUUAUUAUAAAUAAUUAUCGUCAAAUAUUUUAUCUAAUUAACUACGGUCUCAUUUAUUUUUUUUUUAAAAUCAGUCGGUUAAAUUCUUUAUUUGGCGGCAAAAAAUUUUUGUCAUUGAAAAAUUCAAAUUUGUGAAGAAAAAUAAAUAAAUGAGUGAGACCGUAAUUAUUAGACGUAAUUACAAAAAAAAAUGAAUAUUAAUUUAUAACGAUAAUUGAGGACUAAUUUAAUUUACAUGAAUCUUUUAUUAAAAAUUAAAUAUCAAUAUUAAUUAUUGUCAUUAUUAUGAUUAUUAUUAUUAUUAAUGUAUUGGAAUAAUAAAUAAUAUAAAUAAUUUAUAAUUAUUUAUUCAGUAGUUAGACAAAGUGUGAGAGUUUAGAUGAAUGUAUUUAAAAAUUGUUAACAAAUAAAUGUAAUGCUCGAUGUUGUGAUAGCGAAUGAUAUUUUAUUAUUAUUAUUAUUAUUAUUAUAAUUAUUAUUAAUUGAAAGUUUGGUGUAGGUUUCAAAUAAAUAUUUAUUAUUUAACUGUUUUAUUUGUGAUUAAUCAGACACGUAAUUAUCUAUCUUUUAAAAUUACUGCAAUUAUUUAUGAUAAUUAUUGUAAUUAAGGGUACGAGUAAUUAAAAGAGAUAGAUAAUGAGUCGAGUGUCGAAGUAUGCUAUAAAUGAUAGUCAAUAUUUGUACGUAAUUGUGAAUUUGUGUCACCUGUUGCCUGUGCCUUUGAGAUUGACAUGAAUAUUAGACGCUGAUUAUUUACUAAGUAUCGGAUAUUGUCGUUAAUUAACUGCCGGUCGGAGUGAGCUUCCCUUAACUUGGACAAAUGGAAAUACCAUUUUAAAUGUUUUAUUAUCGUUUAUUAUCGUUCCAAGUUUUAUAUAUGGGAAUUUAAAAAGACACAUGUGCUGAAAGUCACGUACACACGAUGCUGAGGAGUACGAGUUGAUUCUUUAGGGUCAGGGAUUUAAAAUAUAAAUAUAAUUCAAUGAUUUUAAAUAAAUUAAUAAAUAUAUAAGUGAGGAUUUUAUAAUUUUAAUGGUUUAAUUGACGUAGUGCUGCGAAAGUCAUCAUCAGCUAGUCUCAUCUGUAACGUUAUCCGGAAAUGCGAUCCAUACCAUUUAUAAAAUAAUAUUUAUUAUUAUUAUUAUUAUUAUUAAUUAUUAUUAUUAUUAUUGAUUAUUAUUAUUAAUUAAUUUAAUAAACAUUAUACUGUAUAAUUAUUAUAGAAUAAUAUUAAAACGAAAAAUGAAACAUUGCAAAUAA